GGCUAGGCGGCCCCAUUUUACCCGCAGCCCAAGGAAAAGGCUCAGGCAGUUGUUUUGGGCCCAGAAAGCAGCGCUUGAGUCCGAGGAGAAGGGAGACGUUGCAGCUUUGCCAUGGCUUGGCCUCGGCCUCAUGUCGCGGGACUUGAGAUCUUGCUCGUCUUGAGUUGCAUAAUUUUUGGAAAUGGACUUCAUGUAGAGAUUCUUGGUGGCAAAAGUAAUCAGCUGUCCAACAUAGACAGCCUAAUGAGACAGAAGAGAGAAUGGAUUGUUCCACCUGCAGUCAUCAUGGAAGAGCAGGACAAUUCCAAGAGAAAUCCAAUCGCUAGAAUACGAUCUGACCAUGAACUUGAUGAAGGAGUAGUUAUUACUUAUACAAUUUCUGGACAAGGGGUGACAGAACCACCCUAUGGAUUGUUUGUUAUGAAUGGGAAAACAGGAGAACUGAACAUCACUGGAAAGGUUGAUCGGGAACAAACACCAAUGCUACAUCUGAAAGGCUAUGCCAUGAAUUGGAAUGGUGUACACAUAGAAAAACCAUUAGACCUGAGAAUUAAAGUUUUGGACAUAAAUGAUAAUAGCCCAGUGUUUGCAGAGGAAGUUUUUGUGGGCUCUGUUGAAGAGUUAAGUGAUGUAGGUACUAUUGUGAUGAAGAUAAACGCAACUGAUGCAGAUGAGCCAAAUACCCUCAACUCCAAAAUUGCCUUCAGGAUUGUUUCUCAAGAGCCUACUGAGCCUACUGCAUUUAUUAUUAACCCAGCAACAGGAGUGGUGCAGACUUCAAUCUUGCAGCUUGAUAGAGAGGAGCACAGUAGCUACUCUUUAACUGUGGAGGCAAAAGACAGAGGUGGCUCUGAACAGGGGUUAGGGAAACAGACCACUGUACAGAUCAAACUUCUAGAUGUCAAUGACAACAUUCCGGUUCUUGAGAAAGCCACAUAUGAAGGAAGUGUUAAGGAAAAUAUGGCAAAUGUGGAAAUUAUGCGCCUGAAGGUCUUCGACAGAGAUGAGGAAUUCACUGACAACUGGCUGGCGCAUUUCACAAUUGUGUCUGGCAAUGAAGGAGGCUAUUUCCAUAUAGAAACAGAUUCACAAACCAAUGAAGGAAUUCUAACUCUUCUUAAGGAAGUUAAUUAUGAAGAACUACAAACAAUGAACUUAAAUAUUGUUGUGUCUAACAAAGCAUCAUACCACAAAUCAAUUAUUGGUCGUGGUUACCAAGCACAACCAAUUCCAGUUAAAAUUAAUGUGAUAAAUGUGAAAGAGGGUCCUGUGUUUAAGCCCCAAACUCUAGUAAUUAAAGCAAACAGAACAAUGAAAGUGAACCAGAUUAUUGGAAGCUUUCAGGCUUUUGAUGAAGACACUGGAAAAAUAGCACAACGCAUCAGGUAUGCCAAAGAUCGUGAUACUGAAAACUGGUUUACAAUAGAUUCUAAAACUGCUGAAAUCAAGCUUAUUAAAGUACCUAGAUAUGAAUCAUCUUCUCUUGUCAAUGGUAGUUACAUUGCAACAAUUUUGGCCAUAACUGAAGACUUCCCUUCAAAAACUGCAACAGGUACCAUUGCUAUUCAAGUACAGAAUGUUAAUUUCCACUGUCCAACUAUUACAACGCAAGCAACAACUAUCUGUUCUGAUGCAAAAUUCACUAACAUCACUGUUGAAGAUGAAGAUGCUCAUCCAAAUAGUGGUCCUUUCACUUUUAGUAUCAUUGAUGAGCCUGAGAGAAUGUCAGACAAAUGGGUAAUUGGCCAGGUAGAUGGAUCUAGAGCACAGCUUGUACCUGUGGAUAUACGUCCUGGCACAUACGAUAUUCCAGUUUUAGUAAAAGAUAACCAGGGUUUCAGCUGUCCUGACAAACAAAUUGUUCACAUCUCUGUUUGUACUUGUGGAAGAGAUGGUGUUUGCGUAGGGGAGAGAUCUGUUGGCUCAUCAGUUGUCCUGGGACCUGCUGCGGUUGCAUUGAUGAUCCUGGCACUCUUGUUGCUGUUGUUUUUGCCUCUCUUGUUGCUGCUGUGUCGCUCUGGGUCAGGUGCAAUGAAAGGCUUUGCAGCAAUACCUGACAACAGCGAAGAAAUGUUGCGUAACUGGAACAGUGAAGGGGCAGCUCCUGAAAACAAGGCAAUCAUAAACCUCAUCUCUUCCCCUGAAUUGGACAACUCAGCCUCAAAUAUGGGAGUUGGAGCAGCCACAGGUGCAGGAGCAGCAGCUGCUCUGGGUGCUGGCUCUUCUAUGAUGAAAGAACAUUACAACAACGUCAAAGUGACGAAUGAACGAUGGGAAGAGCAAAGAGCUCUUUUGUCUGGUUCAGGUUAUGGAGGUAUGGAGUCAGGAGGUGUAUCAGCCACAGCAGCUGGAAGAGGCCUGGCAACCAGAGGUACCAUGGUAAUGGGCUCUGGAGGAACUAUGGGUGCCGGAGGGGCUAUGGCCAUGGAAACUGGAGCGAUCAUGAACGAGGAGUUCUUAAGGAGCUACUUUAAUGAUAAAUAUGUGGCUUUUGCUGAUGAAGAUGAAGGUCAGCUUGCAAAAGACUGCUUAUUAGUUUACUCUCAAGAGGAGGAAGGAGGAUCUAUCCACGGCUCUGUUGGCUGUUGCAGCUUCAUUGAGGAUGACUUUGAUGACCACUUCCUGGAUGACUUAGGAGAUAAAUUUAAGACUCUAGCUGAGAUCUGCGCGGGCAAGCACAUGGGCACAGUAGCAGGGCAGCACAGUUCUGAAAUCCUGAAAGAAACGGUGGAUGAAUUGGAUGUACAUGGUUUGACCUCAAAGCACAGCUAUACUUCAGGAUCCAGCUACCAACACCCUGAACCCAUGAAAGGCUUUGGUGCAGACACUGUAACAGAAGCGAGAGUAACGGAGACAACGUUUGCAUCUAGGUCUGGCCUCCAGCCAGCUAAGCCUAUACUUGACCCUAUGGUGAGCAGCAGUGUCGUUGUGACGGAAACAUCUUAUGGGGCAGCACCCUCCACAGUGACCCUAGACCCUCAAUUGAAGGAAAAUGUUGUUGUGACAGAGAGGGUGCUUGCUCCUGCUUCCAGCUUGCAGGAAGUGUUAGAAAUGCCACAUGAAGUCUUCCAGGAUCUCCCAGAUUCAAAGUAUGUUGUUGUGAGAGAAAGGGAGAGGGUCCUUGUACCUAGUUCUAACCUGCAGGCCUCCUUAAGUAUCCCGAGUUUAUUAGAAGGACAAAAUGUGGUAGUAACUGAAAGAAUGAUUACACCCACUCCUGGUUUGCAGGCUGCAGGUGCACAAAACAUGACAGAAUCAGCCAUAUAUUCUGGCAGUGAUAGGCAAGAACAUGUCUUAAUCUCAGAUCCUCCUUUUCACCAAGUCAGCACAGAGGAAGUACUUCCCCCUGGUUCUUCCUUGAGCAAGUCCUCAAGGCUCACAAAAUACAGCUCUGUGCAAUAUUCACGUUCUUAAACACUCUAUUUUCAUCACUUUGUAGUUACAGUUGACAUUAAUAAUAGUAACCGUUUGUUUUCUCAAGGCCUGAAUAGGUUGUUUUAGUUUUCCCACAGUACUUUCUUGAAAAGAAUGUGUCAGGAUUAAAGAACCACUGCAAGAAGCUACUUACAUGUCACUUACUACAUACAUGUUAGAUGAAAAUAAUGGUAUUAAUGAGACAUGUCUCUUAAUGCAGAUGCAUAGCUGUAUAUAUUUAGGAUCCAAGGGAUAGCCCAGUUAGAUUAAACUGGCUUGCAGCAGACUUUAAGCAGCAGUUUCUCACUAGCUUAUUGUGUGAUCCUGAGCAUAUUGACUCCAGAUUAUGUUACAGUGAAUUCAUAUGAUUUAAUCCAUAGUGUUUAAGAUUACAGUCCUAGGAAUAUGCAGUUGCCAAAGAACUUGAGUUUUAAUUUAGUAUGCAUAUUGCCUUCAAAGUUGAAUUGUCUUAACUGACAAAACAAUCUGGUUUAACUGACUUGCGGAUGAGACUAUUUCACAGCAACAGGAAUUAUGAGUGUCUGCUAAAAUAUCAAGUAUUUCAUCUUUUUUAGGCUACAAGGUUUCACACAUUUAGAAACAAAUACACAUGUAAAAAUAGGUGGAUUGAAAAAAGUAAUUUGAUUCAGUCUUAUUUCCAUAGACCUUUACCAGUCACGAAGAUGAGCUUGAGUAUCUUGCAGAUAUGCAUAGGGUCGUUGAUUAAUAUGAUAAAAUCCCUUAGUUUUGCAGAUGGAUUGCUUUGAGGAUGCCUAGGGCGGGUAUUAUUCUCUGCCCACAGUACCCACAGAUGUACAUCAGCCCUUCCAUGCAUCCACCUACUUCACUUCUGAGUUGGCAAUUGGUGGGUCAACUUAUACUCUGUGCAGAUAGAUGUAGCUGGUGUAGCAUAGUGGUUAAGUAAUUAAGUUGUGGUGCAGCACUUCGCUAGUUCACAUCUCACUACUGCUGUGAACUCAUCAAGUGGCCUUGGGUAAGCCACUCCUGUCUGCCCCAGCUCCCCAGAUGUGUUGUGGGGCUAAUAACACUGACUUUGCUCAUCACUCUGAUUGGAGCACUAAUCUGUCCAGAAGAGUGGUAUAAAAAUGCACUGUUGUUGUUACUGUUAUUAUAGAAAUGGCCAGAGGAGGCACUGGGGUGGGGGAUUGAUGUUCCUUAGUACACAUCACAGAAACCAUUGCAAAGAAUGAGGAAAAUUAUUGAGAUCUUUUCCAGUACUUGCUGCCCAAGGAGCACUCAGGAAGUGUGAGAUUAGUAAGCUUUGUACAGAUAACAGAUGCUGUGCUCUUUUUGUGAGAUGUAGACGUGGCAUGCUGCUGAGAACUAUGAAUGUUCAUAUUUAAAGACCAAAGCCAGUAACGAAUCCUGAUUUAAAAACUCCACAUGAGCUCUGAGGCAUGAAGGGAACAUCCCUGUAUGCAAAGAAUGCCCCAACCAUUUCUAUGUAUGAUCUAUGCAUGCUUAUUUGUGCAUUUGGAUCAGCUUCCUUCAUUCUGUGAAUGCAAACUAAAAGUGUAAGUGUACACUGGACUAUGAAGCGAAGGGGAUUGCUUUUUGAAAAGGACACAAUCAUGCAAUAGAUCAAAUUUAUUUUCACACAGAUGGUGCAAAGGAUGCACUUCUGGAUGUGGACCAGGGAGACCUGUGUUUAGAUCCCCACUCAGUCACCAAAAUGUGUUUGGGUGCCAUUAGUUAGUUCCCGUCUCUACAGAUACAGUUGAAAGAAGCAAAAAAUAAGUGAGAUGAAAGAGUGGAUCAUGGUAAACAUGUUUGAAUAAAAUACAUGUAUUUAAGUAACUUUUAAAAAACUGUUUUACUGUUUUAAAUACAUGUUUUCAUCUAAUAAAUACCACUCUUAGAUUAAACCCUACUAGUAAUCGAUGGGAAUAAUAAAUACAUUCCCUUUUUUUCCUACCUACCCAGAAUAAGCAAGUACCUUCUGUCGCCUGUUUCUCUAAUGGGAGUCUCAUGAAUUUCUGAAUAUCCACCUUUGUAAUAUCUUUUAUAUAACUGGACUUUGUUUUGCACUGUUAUCAUACAUGAGGGAGGGGUAUGCUAUACUUUUUGUAAAAUUUGAAAUAAAAGGUGAAAAAUUAAAAAUGUA